ACAGUUUUUGUUGAUCAUCAAAAAGCAAUAUAGUACUUUGAAUUGCUUUGUAGUACAGAUGUCAAAGGACUGAUAUACAUAUUUUCUCUCCUAACAUUAUAUCAUUUUUUAAGCCAGAACUUUAUAAACCUGACCGUUACUUCCUUCCCUCUUUCCAGUGACAGUCCUAGAGUUUCAGUGGGGUCCGUGCAGAGACCAGCCAGAUGUCAACCAGCAGAAACUUGCAGCUCUGCUUCAGAGAUCCAACCACAGGGUGAAGGAAAUCACGGCCAAAGCUGCUCUUGCUAAAAGUCAACGUGAGCUCCAAGUGCUACCAGAGGGCAGUGAGCAAGCUAAAGCGAACACAUGUCAACCAGUCGCCUGUAACACAAAAACUAAAGUAGAACUUCUACACAAGGCCAGUACAAAGUCAAAGGGAGGACAGGGCCCACAACAAAUGGAGAAAUCUGGUUUCAUCAAGCAGCAGAAACCCCCCCAGCUUCUUCCACCAGAGAGUGAUUCCGAACAGAAGAGACUGGAUGGCAUGAAGAUCUGCACGCUGGAGCAAAGGAGACGUAAUCUUUCCAAGAUGCACCAGAGAACUCAAAGGCUGUAUGAGCAGCUGGAGGAGGUGAAGCAUCGGAAGGCCUUGAAGAGUCGACAGGAAGAUUAUGCAAAAAACAGACUGAAAGCUAAGGAGUUCCACAAGAAAACCUUACAGAAGCUUCGUGCCAAGCAGACCCAACAGUGAUCGACUUUGAUUGUGUCAUAGUGUACUUUGAAAAUGUUAAUUUAUAGUUUUAUCAAUAAAGCAUUUUAAGUUAUUUGCA